ACAUGGUAUGGCAAGAAAGAUGGCAUCCAACCUGCCUUGCUUGCUUACAGGGCCAGGUUAAAACUGGCGAGGUCGCUUUUAUUUUGUAUCUCCAGAGUUCCAUGUACACAGAAUGUGGAGAUUAUUCCACGGCAUUCCCAGAGCAAUCCGACAGCAUUUCCAUGGUCCACGAGCAGCAACAGGUAUAUGUAAGGAAGAAGAGCAGUUUGUGGAACAUGAAGUUGAUCGUGUAGACAGCUGCUCCUGGUUUGAGCGCAGCCGGCGAUGUGUCAGUAGCCCGCCUGAGAGUAAUGGGGACAAAGGUGAAGGUCAGGGCUCAGAACGUGAUGAUGACUGGUGGAAAAAUAUCCACCGUGAUUGGUUUCCUUUCUGUGGGCGACACACUGCACUUGAGGCUGUCACAUGGGGUGCAGCUGUCGUGCUUGGCAUCCAGUUAUCCCGUCCUCGAUGGAGUGAUGGGUGUAUUCGCAGCCCCCCGUCCAGUAAAGACCUCCCACCACGGAGGCCGAGUCUGCUGUUCCAGGUGGCGUUUGCCCUCCCCGGGAAGACUACAACUGCACAGUCUGUAAAGCAGACUAGAGCCAGGCAGCGAGACACUACAGAACAGCCUGUGAAGGAGGACGCGGGACUGAGUGAUGUAUUGAAGGACUUUGAGGACAUCUGUAAGAAGUACACUGCCCUGGGGAAGAGUGUGCUUGGGUUGAGGUUUGCCCAGGAGGGAGACAUGUCGGAGGCCAUGAAACACAUGGAGGAGUCGAGCCGUCUCGGUCACCCCAGUGCUCAGUUCAAUCUUGGACUCUGCUUUGAAAUGGGAAAAGGUGUGGAUGUUGAUCUGAAAAAGGCUGCAGAGUACUACAAGAUGGCUGGAGAGGGCGGCCAUGCCAAGGCCCUGUAUAACCUGGCACUGCUGCAUCUGAAGGGUGAGGGAGGGGUGAAGAAGGACACACCCACAGCCAUGUUGCUGCUGGAACAGGCUGCCCAGUCAGGACUGACAGAGGCCCAGACAUACAUGGGUGUUUACUACACAGAGGAGGAACAACAAGAUAUGAAAAAAGCAGUGAAAUUCUUCACCCAGGCCGCAGAACAACACGAUCCUGAAGCCCAGUACUUCCUGGCGAUCUGUUAUGAGCAGGGUUGGGGAGUGGAGGUGAAUGAGUGCAAGGCGGCUCAGCUGUACUCGCUGUCGGCUCAGAGCGGCCACGAUGGAGCCAUGUACAACCUGGCAGUGUUCCAUGAACAUGGUCUUGGAGGGAUACCCAAGGAUCGUAUUUCUGCCCUACAUCUGUACAAGAAAGCAGCUGGCCAGGGCAACGAGAGCGCCAAGUUCAAAUUACAGGAGUGGCAAGCACAAGCUGCUGUGUGGGAGUGGAAAGCUGAAAAUGACGAAUUGGAAACAAGAGAUGCGAAUAACUCCUUGCAACCACCGAAGAUUCUUGUAAGUCCGUCCAAGUCGUCGCCAUCAGUGAUAGAGUAUGUUCGACAGAAUAUCGGUCAGCUGUGUAUAGGUGCGGCAAGACCUGCAUCAGAACCGUUGUUUCCUCCCCAGCAUAUCAUAGUUACCUCCCCUGAAGGAAGAUCUAAGUCGGAGCAGGUGCUGUUCUACCUCCGGCCUGAGGAGCUAAAGGACAACAGCGACGAUGACGACAGCGGAUACGGCAGCCCCCCUGGUCUCACGCCGAACAGCUCUUCCAUCGGACUGCACCGGGAAUGCCACAAUGCCUGAUCUGAAGACAUUGGGAUGUUCUUGAUAACUGUGUAACCAUGUUAGUCUGAAGUCCCUUCUUUCCAGACCAGGUACAGUUAGGAACAUCUGAAUAUAUAUUCUCCUAUUUGUUAGUCCCAAUGAUUACACUGACAAUUGUAUUGUCAGGAUUAUUGAGGUUUCACUAUGUACAGUGUCACUGUUCACUGUAACAGUCCUGACUGGAGAUGCUUCAAGAAUUGAACAGAUUGAAAGGCAUUAGUUUGUCUGAGAAGUAUAUUUCAUUUGCAACUGAGCUAUUUGAUGCACGAUUAUUUUGUCAGACUGAAAUGGAGCAUUAAGGUAAUUUUCGAGCAUAUGAAGUUUGUCUAAAAUUUGCAUCGUAUGAAGGAUUUUGCAGUAUUGAAUUAUGUCCCUAACUGUGUCUUACAUUUCUGUCUGUGAGUAGAUAUUUGUAUUGAGGUUUUAUGUAUCAAUAGUCAAAGAAGGAUAUGUGUAAGUUUUUCAUUAAUGUGUGUGACGAGUGAAACUAGACAUUAGAUUACGAUAUAUUCUUGUGUGUAGUACACACCCCUCAUUCCUGGGUACAGUUAUCACAAUACACAAAUAUCCACUGUGCAAUGUGAAGCCCCAAAAUGACUCAUUUUGCCACAAAUGAUAUCUUGGCUGAAAUUUGUUAAUGUAUACAACUGACCACCCUCUCCACACUUGUGUUUUGGGGGAAAAGUAGUACAAUCCACACAAGAAUAUACAGUUCUGGUUUUCAUUUUGUGACACCAUAACAUCACACCUGAGGCUAAAAAUAACUUUAACUUCUCCAUUGACCCUGGAAAAAUGUGAAGAGCGACCUUACCAGGAUGUUUUCACUGAAAGUAAUUCAUUUUGUGUUAUGAUAAUUGAAGGAGAAUCAAUACAAUUUAUUUUUUAGCCUUAUCAGCUUAACCAGAUCAAUUUUGUUCAUUUCAUCUUUCAGUUUCAGUCAAUGAUGAAACAGUCCAAUUUUCAUCUUAGAAACUUUAUUUUUUAAGUUCAAACAAUUGAAUUGUCUGGCAUGGAUUAAACUACAUACUUACUUACGUAUGCAUUUAUGAAAACAAGAGUUUAAUAAUGUCAUGUUUCCGGCAUUAUGGAACAACGCACAAAAAUUGUCCCGAUUUUGUUUUCCUGUAAACUGUCUCUAUGCUUUGUAAAGAGGAAAUGUGCAUUUGUAAACAUGGCACGAUGUGUAAUAAUGUACAUUUCAUGUGUUUCAGAUAAACAAAUCAAAACGGAUUGUGUUCAAACUAUUUUUAGGAUCAUAAUGUUGUACUUCUGGUCAUGAAUGACUGAAUUCCUUGUAAGUAACUGAUGUCUUCCAAAACUCUUGAUAUUAACAGAUGUGAAAGAUUAUGUUUUUGUUAGCUGAAGCUUGUGAGAAUAGUUUCAGGUGGCAUUCUUUGUGUAGACUUCUGUGUAAACAUACACUUGAUAAUAGUUUUUUCAUUGUCAAACCUGUUGACAAAAAUGGCAUUAUUUUAUAGUCAGUAGUUAUCAUGAUAAUGGUUAUAGUUUUGCUAGAAGAUACGAGGCCAGUGUCUUUAGUGGAUUAUCACAAAUCAUACUCAUUAUGUUGAAAACAAAUGUUUGUUAGACUCUAAUGUUGGGUAAUGUUGUUAUAGAUAAGUAAACAGAGCUUGAGAUUCAUCCAAAUAAUUAUCACUUUUAUGGGUAAGAAACCUCAUUUCUGUUAACGUUUGUUUUUGUAACUAUCAUUUGAUCCGAUUUGUUCUGUAGAGGGAGUUUUCUGUCUUUUGUUGCUACAAAUGUGGGUCCUCUAGCUCUGAUAAGGUGCUGUGGCAGGGUUUACAACCGGUGAGGUGCAGGGCUAGGGAGAUAUUGAACUAUCCCCUAACCAUGCACAGUGUCCACUUUAACUGGAGCAUAUUUUUCUUUCGAGGCUCACAUGUAUAUAUUUUUUUGCAUAUUUCACGUUGUUUUAUAUUUUUGAAGAAGUAAAUUAGCUCCUUGUGUAAUUUUACUUAUAUCUAAAAUUCAAUGAUAGUUCUAUUUUUUCAAUAAACAAAUAGAAAUGUGAACCUAAUUUCGGGAAAAAAUGAUAUAUAUUUGAAAAAAUGUGAUCCAGUCCUAAAACCGUUAUUGACCUGCCCUAUGAGAAGAGACCAGAGUGACGUUUCACAAAGUAAUUUGGCUAUGACUGUUGAAGUCCCAUACUUUAACAUAAACUUAUGACAGUCUUCGCUAGAUCACUUCAUGGAACGGGUCCCAGUGCCUUAGUUGCUUUUCUCAACCAAUCCAGGCCUUGUUCCACAAUGUUACGACUAUUGUAAGUCAUGUCUUUUAUGGGAGUUUGGAUAAAAAUUUAGCGCUUAGAACACUUUGUGGAAUGGGGUCCUGGAAGCAACAGAAAUGAUCUGUGAACCAGUAGGACCUGACCAGUUGUCUCCCCUACAAAGGGAGGUAAGCUGGGCAUGUUAUGAGUACAUAUAGUCCUUUGAAGUAGCAAACAUUCCAUAUUGAUGUAAAGAGAAGUUGGCAUAACAGAUGUUGCAGCAUAUUUCUAACACUUUAUUAUUUUCUCUGCUUAGAUACGCUGGACAUAUACCAGUGAUGUCGUGGUAGUUUAGUAUCCUGAUUUGACUGUACACAUGUCUAUGUCUCAAGCGUGUGCAUUAGACAUUUUUAUAAACUUUUGUUUUCUUACCAAGAAAGUGCUUAUAUAGGACAUAACAGAAGCUCUGUCACUUAUCAUAUAUCCAUUGUCAUGCUUUUCACUGACCCAUUUUCUGUGCAUCAUCUUUGUUGAGUUUUGUAUAUAUAGAUGUUGAUAAUAAAAUGUGAAGAACGUAA